AUGGGUAGGCACGAUAGUUCCUCCGAGGAAGAGGAGAGAGUCGGUCGUCGGGCUAGGGUUUCUGGGGAUGAUGACCAUAAGAGCUCGCGAAGAGAUCUCGAGGUUGAUGGGGAUGACCGAAAGUCGAAUCGAGAUGGGAAAGAAAGAGAGAGAAGCCGUCGAGAUAAGGUGAGAGCAGAUAGCUCUUCUGAUGAGGAAUUAGCCAGGCGGUCUAGAAGGAAUCGAAGGGAAGCAGACUCUGGCUCUGACGAUGAGAAAGAAAGAGGUCGAUGUAAGAGAAUGGAGGUAGAUGGCGAUGAUGAGACUGAGAGGAGGGUAAGUAAAGGAAGAAGCAAGGAUAGAGUUAGAGCUGACACUUCGUCUGAUGAAGAAGAUGAUGAUAAGCAUCUUUCAAAGGACACAAUUGAGGUUGAGGAGGAUAACGAGAGGAGAAGGAAGAGAAGCCCCAAAGACACGGAGAAGCUUGAUAGAGAGAGAGGUCACAGGGGUAGUAGAGUCAUAGCAGAUAAACCUUCUGGUGACGAAGAUAACAGGCAGAAGAGCAGGAGAGGUAGGCAAGAAAGUGAGAGGAAACGUAGAGAUCAUCAAGCAUCUGACGACGAUGAGGAAGGUGAGAUUAAGAGCGAAAGAAGAGGAAGAGAGAGAACUGAUAGAGGUAAUGAAGGUCUCUUGAAGAGGGAUCGGAGAGAAAGAGACUGGUCUGAUGGGCGUGAGAAUGGGAACCGGCGUAGGGAUGUUGAAAGGAAGGAUAGGCAUCGGAGAGACGAUGGAGUUAGAGAUGAAAAGGAGAGGAGACGCAGUGAUAGAUAUGAUGAUAGUGAAAGAGACAAGCUGAGAAAAGAAGACAUCAGGAAAAGGGAAGAGAAGAGUGAAGCUCCAAAGCCCAAGCUGCCAGAACUCAACCCAUCGGAUAACAAUGCUGUGGCUUUGGGAAAAACUGGUGGAAUCUAUAUUCCUCCGUUUAAGCUAGCACGCAUGAUGAAAGAGGUGGAAGACAAGAGUAGCGUAGAGUAUCAACGUCUUACAUGGGAUGCUCUCCGUAAAAGUAUUAACGGACUGAUUAAUAAGGUCAAUGCCGGCAACAUCAAGAACAUUAUUCCUGAGCUGUUUGCGGAAAAUCUCAUCAGAGGAAGGGGACUUUUCUGCCGUUCAUGUAUGAAAUCUCAAAUGGCAUCUCCUGGAUUCACUGAUGUCUUUGCAGCUCUAGUAGCUGUUGUUAACGCUAAAUUUCCUGAAGUUGCUGAACUUCUAUUGAAAAGGGUUGUUUUGCAGCUAAAGAGAGCUUAUAAGCGUAACGACAAGCCUCAAUUGCUUGCUGCUGUAAAGUUUAUAGCGCAUCUAGUCAACCAGGAAGUCGCUAAUGAGAUCAUUGCACUUGAACUAGUCACUGUACUCCUGGAAGACCCUUCUGAUGACAGUGUCGAAGUGGCUGUUGGUUUCGUGACAGAGUGUGGUGCGAUGCUACAGGACUGUACACCAAGAGGAUUAGAUGGGAUUUUUGAGCGGUUUCGUGGUAUACUGCACGAGGGAGAGAUAGAUAAGAGAGUUCAGUAUUUGAUUGAAGGGCUCUUUGCUACUAGGAAAGCGAAUUUUCAGGGACAUCCGGCUGUUCGUCCUGAGCUAGACCUCGUGGAAGAAAAAUAUUCGCAUGAUAUCUCUCUUGAUGAGCAAAUAAUUCCUGAUUCUACUCUUGAUGUUUUUAAACCUGAUCCUGACUUCCUUGAGAACGAAAAGAAGUAUGAGGCACUGAAGAAGGAGUUACUUGGUGAAGAGGAGUCUGAUAAUGAAGACGGCUCUGAUGCUAGUUCAGAGGACAAUGAUGAAGAGGAAGAUGAAUCUGAUGAAGAAGAUGAAGAACAAAUGAGGAUAAGAGACGAGACAGAGACUAAUCUUGUUAAUCUUAGGAGGACAAUAUACCUGACUAUAAUGUCCAGCGUUGAUUUUGAGGAAGCAGGUCACAAGUUACUUAAAAUUAAACUUGAACCAGGUCAAGAGAUGGAACUAUGCAUCAUGCUCCUGGAAUGUUGCUCUCAGGAGAGAACAUAUCUGCGCUACUAUGGUUUGCUGGGUCAGCGUUUCUGUAUGAUCAACAAAAUCCAUCAAGAGAAUUUCGAGAAGUGUUUUGUUCAGCAGUACUCCAUGAUCCAUCGUCUUGAGACUAACAAAUUGCGUAAUGUGGCCAAGUUCUUCGCCCAUUUGUUGGGCACAGACGCACUCCCCUGGCAUGUGCUUGCCUACAUUCGGUUAACUGAGGAGGACACAACUUCCUCAUCUCGUAUCUUCAUUAAGAUCCUUUUUCAGGAACUGUCAGAGCACCUGGGGAUUAAGCUGCUUAAUGAGAGGCUUCAGGAUCCAACAAUGCAGGAAUCACUUGAAUCUAUCUUCCCUAAAGACAAUCCAAAGAACACGAGGUUUGCUAUCAACUUCUUUACCUCCAUUGGUCUUGGAGGCAUCACAGAGAACCUCAGAGAGUACCUGAAGAACAUGCCUCGCCUCAUCAUGCAACAACAGAAGCAAGUUCCGGAAUCGGAAUCAGGAUCAUCAUCUGGAUCUGACAGUUCUAGUUCCGAGUCUGAUUCGGAUUCAUCAUCUUCUAGUUCGGAUGAAAGCGACAGAGAGAAGAGGAAGCGAAGAAGAAGAUCUUGA